GAGAUGACGGCCAUCUUGGAGCGCCUCAGCACGCUGUCCCUCAGCGGGCAGCAGCUCAGCCGCCUCCCCCGGCUGCUGGAGGACGGCCUCCCCAAAAUGCCCUGCACCGUCCAAGAGGCCGAGGUGCCGCAGCUCUUUCGCGAGCCGUACAUCCACGCCGGGUACCGUCCCACCGGCCAGGACUGGCGGUACUACUUCCUCAGCCUCUUCCAGAAGCACAACGAGGUGGUCAACGUGUGGACUCACCUCCUGGCGGCGCUGGCUGUGCUGCUGAGGUUCAAGACGUUUGUGGAAGCUGAGCAGUUGCCUUUAGACGCGUGGUCCUUGCCUCUGUUCAUCUUUGUCCUCUCCUCCGUCACCUACCUGACCUGCAGCCUCUUGGCCCACCUGCUGCAGUCCAAAUCGGAGCUGUCUCACUACACCUUCUACUUCGUGGACUACGUUGGAGUCAGCAUCUACCAGUACGGUAGUGCCCUGGCCCAUUUCUACUACAGCUCCGACCAAGCCUGGUACGACAAGUUCUGGCUUUUCUUCCUCCCGGCAGCUGCUUUCUGCGGCUGGCUCUCCUGCGCCGGCUGCUGCUACGCCAAAUACCGCUACCGACGGCCGUACCCCAUCAUGAGGAAGAUGUGCCAGGUGAUCCCAGCCGGGCUAGCCUUCGUCUUGGACAUCAGUCCCGUGGCUCACCGGGUGGUCGUGUGUCACCUGGGGGGCUGCGAGGAAGACGCCGCUUGGUACCACACCUACCAGAUACUGUUUUUUCUUAUCAGUGCUUAUUUCUUCUCCUGCCCGGUCCCCGAGAAGUACUUCCCGGGCUCCUGCGAUAUCGUUGGCCAUGCCCACCAGAUCUUCCACACCUUCCUGGCCAUCUGCACCCUCUCCCAGCUGGAGGCCAUUUGCUUGGAUUACAAGAACAGGCAGGAGAUUUUCCUAAAGAGACACGGGCCCUUCUCCAUCUAUCUCUCCUGCGUCUCUUUUUUCGGCCUGGUGGCUUGUAGCGCCCUCACAGCUUACGUCCUGCGAUGCAGGAUCAAGGCCAGCCUGGCGAAAAAGGACUCCUGAGGGUUGUGGAGGCGAUGGGCACGACACCACCGGGGUGGUGCAAACCAAGAAAAGGGGCAUAGCGUAUUAGAGACGUAACUGGCUUGUUUGCCUAACACACUGUGACUAACCUGGACCUUGGACUUGGGUGAAGGGCUGCAUAUGUCGUGCUGGAUGCGUUUUCACAGCAGGAGCUGCCUUCUGCCCUGCGGGGGGGGGGGGGAAGCAGGGGGUUUCAGCCAGAACAAGUUACUUAACCAAGGAUGCUGGAAUAGGCAGAGGUUUCUUGUUCACUCUGGUAAACCUGGGGGAGUUGUCUUGCUGAAUGUCAGGGAAGGCAGCCUGAGGGCUGUGAGGCUGUAGCGGGGUCUCCCAGGGCUCAUGAGGUGGUGGAGAACCCACCAUGAGGCCCACAGGUGCACGUGGUGACCUCUUUGGGUUUUGCCAUCUCUGCUGCCUCUGAGGAGACCUGUUAGCAUCAAAGGCGGUAGCAAGGUUUCGGGAAGGGUCCACACUUCUAGGGUUCGGUUGCAAAGGGUAUGUGUGGUACAGUGGCACAAUAAUCCUUCUCCUAGCUGGGCUAAGUCAGGUUCUCUCUACGACCUCCUUCUCCAGUAUCUCAAUGCCAGGUUGCUGAGGUGGCAUCAGCAAAGCAUCUAGACCUGGACUUGACCUUCUUUAGGAUGAACUGGGACUGAACCUGUGUGUCUGCCAGGCGCUGGUGUGGGCCCAGCCACCCCUGGCCCAAGUGGGGAUGUCAGCUCAUCUCCAUCUGCUCCAUCUACACAACUGCACCAUCUGCAGCGGAGCUGUCAGGCUUCAAAGGCUCUUCUCUUCACCUGGUCCCAACCCCUUGCCAUUUUGGCUGCCUGUGUGACAUGUUCGUGCAUUCCUGCGCAUACUGACCCCAUAUCAUCUGCCACAGGAGUCUGGCUGACUUCCAACAUUGCCCCCAGAGUGUAGAAAUAACUUGGGUGUGAUCGGUCUGAUAGGGGAAGGGCUCCGGGCCCUGGGCCUCCAGCAGCCCUAGGAUGGUUGUGGCCAAAAGGGGAUGAAAGUGAAGUGGAUGUGAAGCCUUUGUUCCCCUCUUAAUGGUUCUUUUCAGGAUAUCAAGCAGUCCUUGGUGGGCCUUGAAGCUGACUGUGAAGCUUCAAGGUUGCUCUUUUCUGACCCAUAGGGCUGUGGGUCGGGAAUGUUUUUAUCAGCACUAGGUGAAGGUAGAAUGGCAAAAGGCAGGAGCAAGUUGACAGAAUUAAGGAUUUUUGUAUUCUUUGGGAUGGGUUUGUCCUUGGAACUUGGUGAGUCUUGUGUGGAGUAGCAAAGACAGUGGUCAGGGAUACUCGAUGUCCAUGGAUCACUCCAGUCCCAAGUGUAGGAAGGGUUGGUUUAUGGUGUCCACAAGCAGAUGAGGAAAAUAUCAGGUAUGGAGCUGCACUGGAGUUGGUAGCACUUACAGGACUGAUGCUGACAGCCCUCGCUGAGACCUGUUCCGUUCAGCCUAGACACCUCCUGUCUGACCCACUGCCCACUUUCCACACUAAACUCUGGGUCCUCCCAGCUGUACGCUGUGCAAGACCUGAAGCCUCAAAUGCCCUGACAUCUCCAGGAGGUGCAGAUCUUUGCUGAAAGCCAGGGAGGCGUGGGAUCUACUCCAGGGAUCUCUCUCACUGAAUCCAAGGGCAGGCAAACGAAUUGUGGUAGCUGGUACUGAGCAGGCAGGGUUUAGGGUUGGGGAUAUGAUUUAUCAUGACAAGCACUGAUUUCUGCAUUUGAUGUGUUAUUUUUUUACUGUUGAGAUGUGUUUAUGUAUGUGUGUGCAUGCCUGGUUUUAUAUCCAGAAAGGCUUUGCCUUUGGCUUUUUUUUUUGUCUACAGAACUUCCUAGUUGUGUCCAG